AUCAAAUAAUUAAUUCUUAUUUAUAAUUUAAAAAGUUCAUAUAUCAUAUAAACUUUUAAAUAAAAUUUAAGUGAUCUUUUUAUUUUUACAUUAUUUUUAUCUUUUUCUUUCUUUCUUACACCUGUAAUUCGUUUAUUGAUUUCACUACCACUGCCUGUAAUUCCAACCACGGUGUUGUUUCUUCUUCGUUUUACCUUCGUUCCACGAACGACAGCAACGAUUCGACAUUGUUGUCGUUCGUUUCUUCUGCUCGUCAAAGCCCACUGUUGAAUCUAUUUGUCGGUUGUUGUGUUCGUUGAAGCUAAAAUGAUGUUUUUAAUCUUUUAUGCCAAGUUGAGGGGUGAAAUUGAUCCUUUGUUUAAGGAAAUAUAAAUUGUCUUUCUCCAUUACCACUGAGACGUAGUUUUUGAUUUUGCAGAGACAUCAGGUAAUCACGCUUCUUCUUCCUUCUACAUUCUCUAGGGUUUUGAUUCUCUUCAAUCCUUUUAUUCUUCAAUUCUCUUCUCAAGGGUAAACUAAAUUACAUUUGCUCAACACUUCAUUUCUUAAUUUAACAACUUCUUGCAAAAUCAUUUCACAUUUUUCCUAACUUCGUGCCAGCUUUUAAUUUCCAAUCCAAAGAAAUUCCUGCAAAAUCAUGUCAUUUCCAGAACACAAGAAAUUGGGUAAACAUAAUUUAAUUCAACUGACAUUCUUGCAAUUUCUUACGCAGAACAUAUACAUGGCGAGCCGAGUUACUCGGUCGAGUCAACAUAUAGACGUAGACUCAACUCAGCAGCCAGAAUUACAAACACGGGCAAGAUGGACAACUGGGCUUAUCGAGAUAUUUGCAGACUUGAUGGUUGAUCAGGUUCGUAAAGGGAAUAGACAAAACAAUAUUACAUUUAGCAAGAAAGCUUGGAAGAUUAUUUGCGAUGAAUUUUAUCAGAAGACGGGACUUAAAUGGGAUAAGGAGCAGCUCAAGAGUAGGUAUUCACUCAUGAGGAAGCAGCAUGCUGUUGUGAAGUCACUUCUCAGUCGGACUGAUUUCCAUUUGGAUGAACCUACAGGGAACAUUCUAGCCACCAACGCAGCAUGGAGUCAUUACAUUCAGGAACAUCCAGAUGCUGAGCCUAUAAGAGGCGGUGGCUGCCCAAUCUACAAACAGCUUGGCUUGAUAUUCUCAGAGCCAUUAACUAAUGGCCAUCAUGUCCAGUCAUUUGAGCAAGACGAAGAGCUUCCUCCAUCAGUUUCUUUUAAGGAUCCAAUGUAUUACUCAGAGGAAGAAAUACCAUCAUCAAUUCUGUUCAGGGAGCAUCUCGGUACUAUCCAAGAGGAAGAGUCCUCUUCUGAUUUUGAGGGCGGGGAUGAUGUUGUAGACGAGCAAGAGACGUUUAGUGCAGCACAUAUCACUGCCACUGUUAUGCAAACUACAACUGCUGCUAUGGACAGUACUACUGCUGCUAAUCGUAAAAGAGGUCGCAGGGGGGUUGAUGAUGCUAUUGGUGCAGCUAUUUCACACAUGGCUGCUGUGUCAAGGCUCAGGACAGCUGCCAUACAGAGAAUUAUUGGGAAAUACAGUGUAGCUGAUUGCAUUAAGGAAUUGGAUGCGAUGCAAGGUGUCGAAGAAGGGAUCUAUUUUGCUGCUUUGGAUUUGUUCAACAACCGUAAUGCAAGAGAGAUCUUUCUGUCGCUUAAAUGCGACAAGCGCAGGAUUUGGUUACGAACCAAAUGUACUGCUAAGCCAACAUCAUAGGACUGAAAGAGGAACUAUCCUUUUAUUUUUGCAGGCAUAUGAUUUACAGUGAUCCAGAUCUGUGAAACAUGAUUAGAAGAGUGAAAUCUAAAUAGUAAGAGUAGAUGAUUGUUUCUUAAA